UAGGCUGGUAGGUAAAAACCAAAACAGGAAGUUUUUCGAUCUGAACAGCUGACCUUUCAGCUUGUUUACGUUUGUGUGUGCUGUUCUAGGAAACGUUACCGGACAGAUUUCAGUCUUUUUGUGUGUUCUUGGAUUUAUUCUUAACGAUAAUUUUUCUAAUAACAUUGCUGGGUUGAAUCCCUAACUUGUUAAUGGAUUAAACACAGUUCAUUCAACUCGACCGACCUACUUUCGAAUUCUCCAUUUUGCAUGGUUUGUUUACAUCAAAGUGAAGCGAUGACAGAUACUAUAUUUAGUUCGGUAGAAACAUCAUGGCAGACAACUUAGCCUCAGGCCCAGUUUGUGGACAGAUUUAAAUACAACACCUGACAUGUUUGCAUCUGAAUGGAAGAGGAAAGCAAUAUGUCUGGUGUCCGCUCUGGACGAAGGUCUGGCCGUCGCCCGGGGAGACGUCCGGCAAAGGUUGAUGUGAAGGCAAAGCUGGAACGCAGUCGACAGAGUGCUCGGGAAUGUCGUGCUAGGAAGAAACUGCGUUACCAGUACCUUGAAGAUUUAGUAAGCAGUAGGGAGCAAGCAAUUUUCAGACUCCGAGAUGAACUUGAACUGUGUAAGCAGUGGUGCAUUCAACUGGAUAAUGGAAAGAUACCGGAAAAUUUGGCAGAGAGGGUAGCAGAAAAAACAAGAAUAAAGGAACAAAGACGGGGCGAGUCAAGCUCAGAGGGGAGGGAUUCUCCACCCGGAAGUAGUACAUCAUCAGCGUAUAGCCACGGAUCUCCAGACAACAAUCAGGGAUCUCCACAGGGGGCCACGGGAUUCGGAGAACGUAAACACCACCCCGUAGAUGUGAAUAUAUAUCCAAAUCCGCCUGUGACCUUUGCCCAAGGAAGUAUGAUCCCAACUCUGAGUGAUACCAGUGGUGGCACAUUAUUUAGUCCGUGGAGAAAACAAAGUCCGGUCCUGUCGCCACCAGGUAGUCAAAUUAGGGCCGUUUCUUCCUCUUCAACACAUACGUCAUCAUUUACUAGCCAACGGUCGUCGAUGUCUUCUUUCACGGGUCAACGGCCGACUUUGGCUCAAUAUCCUGGAUUUCCAAAAUUUGAUGCAAUAUCUACUUUGGAGAAUUUUAGUGCUAACUUCAUGGACAAUAGUGGAAGAGGUACUGCCGAUAGUUUUAUGAGGAGACACUCAGCUCAUGGUGCAUACACCGUUAGACCUGAACAUACUGUUCAAAACCCUGUCACGUCGCAGAUCACGCCAACUAUUUCGUCACCGAUGACGUCAUCUGGUCAGUCAUCUUUCACGUCACAGACUGGCAAGGACUUUGUGUAUGAGUAUAACCAGAGAAAAAAAUCCUUAGAAUAUACUGUGCUUCAAAACCCCAAAAUACAGAGAAAGGAUUCUGUGGAUAUGUCAGUGGGGGGUGAUUUCCGGACUAUGUUUCUUGAUGAGGAACUGUUGCAAACAAUUCCAGAAAACAGAACUGAUUCGCCUUUUCAAAUUGUACCAAAAGUAGAUAGUCUUAGGGUCCCCCAAACUAAUAUCCCUACGUCUGUAUGGAAUACAGAAUCUUUCGGAAUGCAUGAGUCUAUUGUUUCUUUACUCAACGUCGGAAACAAUCCGACUGAACAGUAUCCAGUUGUCCAGACGUCGGUCGAACCUAAAAUGCCAGCCACAUCCACAAAUGUAUCCGUGGUUAACUAUACCGCGUCAGACAGAGGACAAGGCCGUGUCAAUCAGCAUAACGACACCAGUGAUAGCUCCGAUGUACCCAAUGAUAGCAUUUUACCAACAGUUCUAGAUGAAUUUAAUUUUUGAAGAUGAGCUCAAUUUGUUGAUUGAAUUUUUAUCGAUGAAAGUGUUAUUGUGGAACACGAUAGGCCUUACAUCAUAUUUUCUGUAACAUUGCCGUAAUGACAUAGGUGUGGGAUCUUGGACCUGAACGAGUUUUAUGUUCUUAGUAGGUGUUAAUCAAUCCGCAUCGUUUGAUAAUGUAUGACACGUUAUCAUUAUAGGUAAAGAUGUUAUAUUCACAAUGAAAUAUUCAAAGAAUGGUCAGUAUUUUUAUUUCUUUGAUUAUGAUAGUUUUUACAUAUCUGUUAUUAUCAACGUUGUUUUUGUUGAAUGGUAAUACAAUUAUAUACGGAGAUCUGCUAUGAGGUUUAUUUUAUUGUACCUAUUUCAGCUGCAACUUCACAUUUAAUGCAUUUUUGAUCCGGAUCCCUUUCAAAGUUUCGAACCGUUAAAAGGACUUCUUCCCAAUCAAGUUAAUUAUAUAAACAAAAUUGUAAAUACAUUCCUUAGCAUCUCGAUUUUUCGAUUUUAUUUCUGUCGUCAGUCAUGACUUUUGCAUUCUUUGACACAGCAAUACAUAAUAAUUCAAUAAGGAUAGUGCGACAUCACCCUUUCAAAAUCGUCAAAAUGGUAAUUCUGCUAAAACAUAUAAGUAAAGACAGUGUUGACUUGGGUAGCAAAUCAAUUGCUAAAAACUUCUUUUCUAAAACAGUUCAUUUGACUGUCGAGUCCCAUUUAGAUGGCGUAUCAUGAUUUUAGACAAAAGAAUAAUAUUACCGUAAUUUUAGCGGAAUUAUGCCGCUGCGUCAUCAUAUUGCAGGCUGUUUUUUUUAGUUUGCUUAAUCUUUGUGCUUCUAUAUUAUUUAGUCAAAUUGAUUGAAUUUUAUUUUUCAUAAUUUUGGGCAUUCCAUUGCACGAUGUAAAUAUUAUCAUUUAAUAUUUAUUUUUUUGUACAUUUGUUUUAGGGUCGUAGAGCUAAGUUGGUGUUUUAAAACGCUUUUGUUGGUAUCUUUAUUUUUUUUAUUUCGUAGACUAGUCCUAGGUAAAUAUUUCUUUAUGGUACGAAUACUUAAUAAAAUGUACUCAUUCAAUUAGUCAUAGGGCAAUCAUUUUUCACAGUUAUUCAUUUUAAUAUGGGUUAAAGUAUUUGUUAUUGUUUUGUGGUAUAUAUAUAUAUUAAGAUUUUAUCUUUCUUAUUUUAGACGUCUCUAUUUCCAUACUAUUAUUUACUUAUUCUACUCACCAUAGUAGUGCAAACAAUGUUGUAACAGUUAUUCUGUACGAAUUAUUUGGUUUAUUUGAUUCAUUGUUCAUUAUGUACCAAUUUUAGAAACCAGAGUUAUUGAUUAUAAAAUUAGAUGAGCAUUCCUCCAAAAUGCAAUCUUAUUGUUCCGUUGGAAACCGAGAUAUGUUAUAUACAAUAUAUCCAUAACGGAUUCUCGUAUGAUGGGACAAACGUGAGAUAAUUUAUAAGGUUAAACUGUGCAGAUAUUUACAUGCAUAGAAAUACUGAAUGUAACAUUAACUCUAUGAAGGUUUAGAGGUUAGGGAUUAUGAAAUAAUAUAAUCAAUUACUGAAGAAAGGUCUUACUGUCCCGUAUACGAAAUUCCAUAUGCGUUAUAUACAAUAAAUCUAUCGAGGGCACUGAUUUACCAAACGCGAGACAGUCAAUAAGCUUUUAAUAUGUUCAUAUCUAUUAAAAAGGUUAUCAGGUUCAUUGAGAAAAUAGAACAGAGACUUCAAUCAUCAGUGUGUUUAGAUUGUUAUGCAAUUUCUAAUUUUAAGACAGAACACGAUUUUAUGUUUCUUUAAAAAAACGUCGUCGAAAUAGGGCAAGUUUAGACGUUUAAACAGUGCAAUACAUUUCAUUAGCCAUGUCAUUCGUCAUUUUGUAAUUUCUUUACGUUUACCAUUAUCGUCUCAACAAAACAACAACGUAAGGUUUUAUUCACACCGGUGUUUUUUUUUAUAAAUAGGACAAAAUGUUGGUUGAUUGGUUUUUUCGAACAUAUAAUGUCGAUUUUGCCAUCUCCCCCAGCUUAUAGUACAACCAUGUCAAGCAUACUGUAUUAGUUUGUUAGUUUGUAAUGUGCACUUUUUUGUGCUAAGUACUGUACACAUGUCAUCAGAAGCUGUAUUGAUAACUGUAAGGAUACAUAUAUAUUCUUUUUGUUCGUUACUUUUUAUUUGCAAAUUAGAAUGUCGUGAUUAGUCUGAUUUUGUUGCAUAUUGAAUUAGUUUAUGUUUUAACUAAACAGGGGGAGAAGGAGACAUUAGUCUCAAUGAUUUGAAAAAAAUCUAAAAGAAGUAUUCAAUCAACUAACCACGUUGUACACUGAAAUGGUUAGUAUUGAUAGUUAAGCAUUAUGUCAUUAUUUUGCUGUUUUUGUGUAAAUAAAUAUAAGAAACAAUGAUCAACACGUAUUUACUGUGUUACUGAUAUGUUUAAAUAUCUUAAAGAUAUGUCUGUACAUUCUUUUAUAGGGUUAACAAAAUAUACAUUAUUGUACAUCUUUACAGUGCAAGUAAAACCGAUAAUACUGAAAAAUGGCAUCUCAGUACUAUUGUCUUCUAUUCUUACGAUAAUAACGUUUUUUAUACUUAUUAACAUAUAUGCAAUAAAAUUGAAACCAGACGAGUUAUGUGUUGAAUUUGUUCACGGUCGGGAAAUUGCCACAAGAAUGAUAGUGACGUCACAGACACUUUACGAUCAUUUUGUACGUACUGUGUCGCGAGUUUUGUUUAUUUGACCUUUGACCUCCUAACAGUGAUUGACAUAUCUAGGCGUAUACCGAACUGAAAUGUGUUUAAGAUCACGAUUUUGAUAAGAAAUUUAACUUCAAAACACGAUCUUCUUUAUAUCCAUGAGAAUUAAAAUUUCAAAUGUAGGUUUAUUCGGAUCCAAAAUCAUGAACCAUUGCAUAAAUUUAUAUUUUGUCACUGAUCAACGAUCACGAUUUUUUCAGUGCCGAUUGUGAAAUCAAACUACCACGUUCUGACAAGUGUAUUUUGUACAUCUUAAGAACACAUCGCCACAAAGUCAUUUAUAACCAGUUAAAAAAAAUAAAAUUAAAACUAAAGCACAUUGAGCUAUGCGGAAGAACAGGUAGUAAUGUUCUUCCGCAUAGCUCAAUGUAGCUUUAGUGCACUUGUACUCGACAAAGUGCUUGGCAUCAACUAUAAACUCCUAUAUACAUGUUAUUUACCUUUAUUGAUUGUAACAGCAACAUUACCAAUAUCAAUUGAAAUAUUAAAGUGUUUUAAUUCCAUGUGAUGGCCUAAUCUUUAAUUGUGUAUGAACCAAAUUAUAACUAAUGCCAACAGCUUCCCUGACAAAUACAUGCAUUUAUAUCAUUUUA